AUGGCUCCCGGACAAAGUCGCAGCGUCUUUGUGGGCAAUAUUCCCUUCAAUCUGAGUGAGGAGAACAUUGUCAAGAUUCUCAGUCAAGUCGGUACGGUUGUCAAGUUCAGGUUAAUGACCAACCCCGACACGGGAAAAUCGAAAGGAUUCGGCUUUGCAGACUUCCAGGACGCGGACCAGGCGGCCAGCGCAGUUAGGAACUUGAACGAUUUCGAGAUCGAUGGACGUAAGAUCCGGGUCGACUGGCCUCACAACAACGAGAAAGAUUCUGUCCCGACAAACUACGAGCAGACUGCCGGUCCUGUGGUGGACGGACACCAACAGACUGGGGCCAACGCCCUCCCUCCGCUGCCUCCAGGUACCGAUCUUCCCCCCAAUCUCAGAGCAACCGAUGCCAUUUCCCAGACCCUUGCUACACUCCCGCCGCCGCAACUGCUCGAUGUCCUCACUCAGAUGAAGGGGCUGGCCAUCUCAGACCCUACAAGAGCCAUCUCGCUCCUCAGGACCGCCCCACAACUCGCCUAUGCCAUAUUCCAGGCCCUAAUUUUGAUGAAUCUCGUGGAUCCCAAAGUGCUGGCACAAGUCGUCGAACAAGCGGCGAAACAACCGCAGCCGGCCAGCAUCCCUCCACCACAGGCCACUCCUCAGCAAUACCCUGGCUUUCCACCGUCCAUCGUUCCCGGUCAGAUGCCUCCCAGACCUCCUCAGCAAUAUCCGCCGGCGACGAUGCAGCAACAACCACCCCAACAGCCCCCUGCUCAACAACUGUCUGCUCAAGAGAUGAUUCAACAGGUCCUCGCUAUGGAUCAAAGGACAAUCGAUUCAUUUUCUCCGACAGAGAGGGCGCAGAUCAUGCAGAUCAGAGCAUCGAUGGGAGUCAGAUGA